GAAUCAUUCUGGAUUCAGACUUCUUAUACGAUCAGACUACUGACUAAGAGAAAGUGAAUCAAGAUGCCGCCUAAAGCAAGUGGAAAAGCUGUGAAGAAAGCUGGGAAAGCACAAAAGAACAUCGCUAAAACUGACAAGAAGAAGAAGAGGAAGAGGAAGGAAAGUUACGCUAUUUACAUUUACAAAGUCUUGAAACAAGUUCAUCCUGAUACUGGAAUUUCUAGCAAAGCCAUGAGCAUCAUGAACAGUUUUGUUAAUGAUGUUUUUGAACGUAUUGCUGCUGAAGCUUCCCGGCUAGCUCAUUACAACAAACGAUCAACUAUAACAUCUCGGGAAAUUCAAACUGCAGUUCGCCUGUUACUUCCAGGUGAACUCGCAAAACACGCUGUAAGUGAAGGCACCAAAGCGGUAACUAAAUACACCAGUUCUAAGUAAAUCGACGUAUGAAGACGACUUCGAACGGCCCUUUUUAGGGCCA